CCUUUUCUUUUUUCUCUUAUUUGCUCUCCUUUUGCGUCCACCUCGCUCGUGUACAUACGCAUACACGUUCUCUCAGUACAGCACAGCAAGAGACGCUCUACACAAUCAUCACCACCACCACUAGCUAUAGUACAAAGAACGCACCGAUAAUUUUUUUAAGCAUGGCAUCAGGGGUGAUAUCGCCUGAGGAAACUUCUGCGCGACAAAAUAAUCAGCCACACCAGCGACCACCCGCACCCCGGCAUGACGCUUCCAUUUCUGCCCUGUUAAAUGACAAACAAACCCAGAGCCAUCACCAAAAGCACCAUCAUCAUGAAGACUAUCUGCCCACGCCCGUCACCCCAGCAACAAGCUUCCCCGUCCUCUCGUCAUCGCGUCCGUCCGAUUUAUCCGCAUCGCCGCUCCCUUCGCCCCUGCCGUCCUCCGCCCAUGCAGCCUCCAAGCCCACGCCAGUGGCAGACGAACAACGCACUGACAGGACAGCAACAGCAACAAUAACAUCUGUUGAAAAGCCCUAUGCAUGCACGCAGUGCAGUCAAACGUUCAGUAGACCGCACAACCUCAAAUCCCACUUGACCACGCAUUCUUCUGAGCGGCCUUUUCAGUGCGAUAUCUGCAAGAAUUUUUUCAGACGACACCAUGAUUUGAAGCGACAUCGCAAGUUACACACUGGCGAACGACCCUACAGCUGCAACAUUUGCCACCGUUCCUUUGCGCGUCUCGAUGCGUUAAACCGGCAUUGCCGCGCCGAAGGUGGCACCGCUUGCAGCAGUGUGCAUCGUGUUCAAGGCCGAAGGUCCAUUGCGUCCAUCACACCCACAUCCACAACCUCUUCCUCGCCGUCGCCACCUGUCUCCUCUUCUUUGUCCUCUUUGUCCUCGUCCUCAUCGUCAUCAUCAUCGUCGUCCGUCACCAUGAACAGCCAACGACCGAUCAUACCGCAGCUUCAUAUCGCCCAUCCAGCUUCACAACCUCUCGCUAACGAAGUUUAUCCUUAUCCACCUUCAAUUAAUACGAUUAUUUCCACAACCACUAGUAACAAUAAUACCUAUACAACCGCAACAACUACUACUGCUAAUAACGCUGCCGCUUCCAUGACUACGCCAGUAGCAUCACCACCACCACCACCACAGCCUGCUACAUCUUCUUCUUCCACUACUGCUGCUGCUAGUUCGGCUAAUAGGAUUCGUGACACUUUACUUCCUUCACCGAGCGCACUCUCUCGACUACCAGUUUCGGAAAGCACGAACCUCGUGCCCAUUCAAAAACUCCAUUCCGAGAUCGCGGGCCACGAGAAAACUGCCAGCAGUGCAUACGGACCUUCUUCUCAACAACACAAACAACAACCAACAAUUCCUCCUAGUUCAAAAGUAGCAGCAGCAACGCCUCCCCCUUAUUAUGACUGGGCAUCUCAAGCCGGACGCGACCGAAUACUACCAUUACCAAAGCGGUAUUCAAGCAGUAACAACAACAACAGCAACAAUAAUAAUAAUAAUACUAUUAGCAGUAGUACCAGUAGUAGUCAUGGUGGUAUGGAGCCUAGGGAUCGACUUCGGCUGGAGAAUAAUGAUUUGCGACAGGAGCUUGCAUAUUGGCGAUCCACAGCGGAAGAGUUGAAUACAUUAAAGUCGCAGUUGCAUGAUUUGCAGGUCGAGAAUAAAGUAUUGCGGUCACUUAUCACUGCUUCAAGCGCAGACGAGCAGCAGCAGCAGCCCAAAAGGAAUAUAAAAUACUGCAUUAAGGAGGAAGAGGAAGAAGAAGAAGAGACCUACAAAAGGAGACGAAACAGUGAUUGAUUAUUGGCUUCCCAACGUGCCCUUUUCGAUCCACUUACUCAAAGCUACACACAUUCUCCUUCCCCUUCAUCCAAUCCCUUUCUCUCUUUUUCUCUUUCCCGUGCUAUGCGCAUACCACGCGGUGUCAUCUUGUCGUUUGCUUUACAGACACAAUUAUCGCAACAUAUUCGCCCGUCUCUUCAUUGACAAAACCCAAAGCGCUCCCCACACGCUC